UUUAUUUUUCAAUAGCCUAUAUCAAUGGAUGCAAAAACACAAAAAAGAGUCGACGUUGCCAAGCGAAAGGCUAGAGCAGGUGCGGAGACAAUCUGUCAUGUACUCUUCGAUCAUUUAUUUCAUUCAAUUUUGUUAUUUCUCUAUGCCUUUUGGUUUUUUUCUUCUCUAGUUUACUAUUUUCAAAUUUAAAAUUAAUAACUUCUUUGUUUUUUGUGUUUUAUUUAUAAAGAUACUGAGUUUGUACAAAGCGAGGUCAAUAAGUUAUCGAUGUUAAUUGGCUGAAAUGAAAGUAGAACCGCCGAAGUUUACAUAAAUUUAUUUAGGAUCUUUAUAAUGAACUUAAUGCAGUUCAUAUUUAGAAUAUAAAUGUGAUUAGAAUUAGCGUUGCAGUUCAGAAUUUAUUUACAUAUUUGCAAAAUGUGUAGAUCGCAUUUUCUUAAGCUUGUUAACUCAUCACGGGCGUUUGAUCUUGUGUACUAGAACUGAAAGGAGAAAAUGGCUGGACAAAAUUAAAUUAUAUGGAGACAUUUGAUACAAGUCUUGCAAGUGUCAGAGACAAUGUUCCUCGUCUGGACUGCAAUAAGAUUUCAAAAUCAGAGUUUGUAGAGAGAUAUGAAAAACCUAGAAUUCCAGUUGUGUUGACACAUGCGAUGGAUCACUGGAAAUCAAUGAGAAAGUGGACAACAGAGGUGAUUUUUAUCAAAUAAAAUACUUCUGGAGUUUUCUUCUCUGCUGGAAAGGUGUCAAGCCCUUACUAGAACCCUUUAAUAAGCAACUAUUUACUCAAACUCAAGCAGAAAGACCUAACUUUACCUAGUGGUCAAAACUUAAAAUAACAUUUGAAUCUUACAGGUAAAAGCAUUGGGACAAAUUUGCAUGAUAACAAAAUACUUACAAAGUAUUUUGCUGACAUACCCCUGACUCAGAUGAUGACCAAUACUCAAGUUUUUUAACUUCAGUUAUUACCAAUAUCAGUCUAUUUAAGGACCUCUAUCAUGUGCUCUGAUCUGCAGUAAACCUCCCUUUUUUCCUCAGAAUAUAUCCCAACUUUCAAUUUUUAACUGUCAAAGCAAUAUAAGCUUUCCUUCCUUUCUUAAAAGAGAGAAUAGGCAUGACUUGAUCAAUAACAUUAUUAUUAUUUUCUUGCUGUCAUGUUGGUUUGUUCCGAUUAUGGACCAUUCCACUUCCCCUUUGUGUUUUGUGUUACAUGUUGGUUUUUCAUUGAUAUUUUAUUCAUAUCCUUAUCUAUAACAUACCUAUAUGUGAUUUAUAAUCAUAGAGACUAGUAAAAAAGUACAGACAUCAGAAAUUUAAAGUUGGUGAAGAUGAUGAAGGCUAUGCUGUGAAAAUGAAAAUGAAAUAUUACUCUGAGUAUAUGGCACAUCAAACAGAUGACAGUCCAUUGUAUAUAUUUGACAGUUCCUUUGGUGAGGUAAGGUGAUGCAUAUUUUUUUUAAAGCAGGCCAGUAGAUAACUGUGUGAAAGUACACUAUUGGUAGGGUUUUAUAAUUGUUUGUCUACCCAAUGCAGACACUUCUGAUGUGGUUGCAAUUUUUCAAGUGUGAACAGCUGCUUUUUGGCAGAAACUGGGGUGAACUAGUUAUGUGAUUCCGCCCUUUGUGACUGAUUGAUUUUUAUCAGCUGUGAUUGGUUUUAGAGCAUAAAAAGAUGACCCCCAUUAACUUGGAUCAUCAUAAGGGAAGGUUUUAACCCUUUAUACCCUAACAUCAGUAUGCAUAUUCUCCAUACUGUUCUCCUUACAUUUUCUGAGGUGUUGCUGAGAAGAAUUUGAAUAACAAUCAAGACUUUCUUUAGUUGGUGACCAUUUCCUUUAUUCUCAUGACCUUGAUGUGUUAUUCAGGGGUGAUGAACUUGUAAGGAGAAAUUAGAUGCUAGUCACUAUUAGGAGUCAAAGGGUUAACAACGUCACUACUUUAUGAAGACAAGCAGCAUGGUAACAAAACAAUGUGAAGUGGCUGCAUUGAGAGGCAAACAGCAGUAUUUUUUUUAUUUACCUCACCAUGAUAAUAACUACAACAUUUCAUACAAAUGUUACCAAAAUUUGCAGAUCACGUAAUUUACCAACAUGCAUACAAAUGUAUGAAGACUAAUUUUACACUAAAGGAUAGGUCCAAACAUGGUUAAACAAACAAUUUGUUUGUUUUUUUGCAGCAUGCUGAGAAGAAGAGAUUGUUGAUUGAUUAUGAGGUUCCACGGUUCUUUGCUGAUGAUCUCUUUAGAUUUGCUGGAGAAAAAAGAAGACCCCCUUAUAGGUAUAACUAAUAAAUUAUUAUACUACAAUAUGAGUCAAAUACCAAGUAUAUGAAAUUAUUGUUGUUUUUGUUUUACCUAUGUAAUGAUGAAAAGGAGUGUUAUUAGUAAAAAUUAACAUAAAAUUUAUAGUGGUGUAUAUUUGACAAAUAGAUUCCAUGUUGCCAUGUAUGUGUUAGUAAUAGGUCAUAGAUGACAACAAAAUGAGAUAAGAUAAAAAAGUGAUACACAAGUACACAAGGCAUGGCUGAGUGUGUCAUUGAUGUUCUUACCACAUUGUGACAUCUUCUGUGAUCUUAUAUGAAACAGACCUAUGAUAACAUGGAAUACGGUAGUUAUCUGGUUAUAAGGCGCACUUGGCUAUAAGACGCACCCCCAAUUCGGCAACUUCAUUAUUGCAUGUUUUCAAACUGAAAAUAUCGCUAAAAUACUUGGUUAUAAGGCGCACCGUUUUUUGGGGAGUAAAGAUCAGUCAAGUUUAUUGUAAAUUCUUUCAUAAACUUACAAAAAGCGAAAAAGUCGCACAUUGAUUUUAGUUUACCGUUAAUUAACAAAAGCAGAAUUGUCGCACACGCAACCACACGCACUAACAAAAGCCUUGAUUAAACAAGAAUUAACGUACCGCUGAGAAUGCAGGUGUCAGUGCACAAAAAAGGCUGAAUGGAUGAAGAAGGUAUUUAUCUCUUCGCUUGUUUAUUUUUGUUUCGUUUUGUGACGUUUCAAAUUACUAAGCACGCACUCUCGAGCACGUAUCAUAUCUUUGCAAAUUUGACUUUGCUCGUCUUUUCAGAACCACCAUAUUUACAAAAGUCAAUGACCAACAUUGUGUGUCCUUUUAUUUGCUUAAAAUCGUACCAGCAACUGUGAUAAAAAAAAAUUGUUUCGGGAAAAUAUUCGCCUAUAAGAUGCACCCAAACUUUGGCGGUAAUUUUUAGCAGAAAUUAGGAAUUUCUUGAAAAAAACGGUGUGCCUUAUAACCGAAUAACUAUGGUAGGUUGGUUUUGUAUCAUGAUAAAAAAGUAAAAUGCUGUUAAUGAUGAUGUCAUCUAUGCCUCUGUCCUUAAAUAGAUCACAAGUACAUAUAAGUUCCAAUCAAAAUGCACAAAUCAGCUUAUAGAGUAAUCAGCUGGUGUAUUUCAGAGUUAUCAAUUUAUUGAUAGUGUUUGAUGACUAUAUUCCAGUAUAAGUAGACUGAUGUUUUGUGUUCUGGGCUAAGUUGUUGAAGGAGCAGAUAAUGCUAUUCAAUGGAUAAAUCACUAUCCAGUGGAUAAGGGCUAAUAAAAUGUACUAUGCUAUCUACUGGAUAGUAAUUUAUCCAGUGGAUAGUCCUAUCCACUCUGUGAGCAACUGGGGCUCCAGAAGUACAUGUUCAAGCUCUGACUAAGUCAUUGUGUUUUGAGUAAGACACUCGUCAGAUUGGGAGUCAUCAGAUUCAUCAGGAGCUCCUGUAAUUUGUUUUUCAGAUGGUUCGUUAUGGGUCCAGGCAGAUCAGGCACUGGUAUUCACAUAGAUCCUCUGGGAACAAGUGCAUGGAACAGUCUUGUAUCAGGACACAAGCGCUGGGCACUGUUUCCAACAAAUGUUCCCAGGGAUCUUUUAAAAGUCACCAGUGCAGAGGGUGGAGAUCAAAGAGAUGAGGCCGUCACAUGGUUCACCAAAAUUUUUCCCAAGACUCAACUUCCCUCAUGGCCUGAGGAGUAUAAACCAGUAAGAAUACCACACACAUUCUGGAUCAAUAUCAGUAUCUGGGCAACUGCCCACCUACCCCUCCUCUAACUCAACAACAGUCAAUUGAUAACAAGGUAAAGUUAAUGUUGGGUUGGGAAGGGGUAGGUGGGCAGUUGCUCAGAUACUGAUAUUGUUCCCACAUUCUCAUUUUCUUAGAUUCAGGAGAUGAUUUCUUUUAAAAUUUUAUUGUUCUUCUUAGCCCUUUAACUCCCAGAAGUGAUUAACAUGAAACUUCUCCCAAUAAUAUCCAUACAUUAUUCAGCAAACAGGCUAUGAGUAUAAUCAAACUUAUCAGGUAGAAGUUGCUAUCUUGAUCUACCACCAAGCUCUCAUAACCAAUUUACAAGGAAAUGUGUAUCAGCCAGAAGGGAGAAUUAACAAUCAGAUCUUAGGAGUUAAAGGGUGAAAAUCUAGUUGUUUUAGAUUUUAAAUUCAGUAUCUGUAACCACAUGCCCCUUGUGGAAAUCAGCUUCAUUGACAGGGCAAGCAUGUUUUUUAAAUAAUGUGUUACUUACACAAGUUUUUCCUUCAACAGUAAGAGAACUUAUGAUUACUUACAUACAUUAUUUUUCCCCUUUUAAGCUUGAGAUCCUUCACUGCCCAGGAGAAACUGUGUUUAUUCCAGGUGGAUGGUGGCAUGUAGUGAUAAACUUGGACACAACAAUUGCUGUCACGCAGAAUUUCUGCUCACCUGUCAAUUUUAACAUUGUUUGGCACAAAACAGUCAGGUAUUGCUUGUUUUGUGUAAUUCUUAGUAUAAAAAUAUACUCAUAAAUAGACCUUAAUCAACCUUACUUUUAUUAGCUUAUAAAGGGUAAAGGUAAUUGAUGUCUUCAGUUGGGUAAUACUGUGAAUUCUCAAAUGACAGCUCCAGUGGGAAAUUUAUCUCACAUUGGUGCUCUUCCUUGGCUGCACAGUAGUUUGCACCAAAGGGUUCUGUGGUGGUUUCUAGUCUUUUUUUAAACUGAAAGUUUACUAAAUGGAGUAAUAAUGUACUGUAUGAAAAAGAUGGGUACUUAUGGUAGUUUCUUGUUGGAUAUGUUUUCUUUUUUUUUCUGCAUAAUUUAUCAACCCAAAAACUAGAUGUUUUCCCACAAUCUAGUAACUAAUUUGUUAAGUCUGAUAAGAAUGGAAAUAUUUUCCUGGGUAUUCAAACUAUUCAAACCCUCAAACCGCUAUCAAUAUGACCAGGCAAAAUGUUGAGGUUGAAAUGGUCUCAAAGCUUUUUCUUGCAUGUAUUCUUAUUAAUAUUCAACCUAUGUAUGCUGUGAUUUGAAAAUUUUUUUUUUUCUAUAAAGUUGAUGUUUUGAGCAAAAUUUGGUUAUGAUCAUCAAAUAAAUUUCUUUUGUAUUUUCUUUAUUUCAGAGGAAGACCUAAACUCUCCAAAAAAUGGUACAAGAGGUUAAAGGUAUGUUGAAUUUUAAGCUUUUUACGUGGUUUAAAGUUAUCUACACAGGGUUGGCAUUCAAAACCUCUAAGGUUGUCAUACAACUGUUCAAAGGGCCUGGCUUAGUCUAGUUCUCUCGGUUUUAGAGAACGCACCUCAUCUCUCUCUUUUUUAUUUUUCGUUAAAACUUCUCAUAAGAAUGUUAGCUGUGUUGUUUUAGUAAUCCUCCCUUGCCACCUGCCUCCAAUUGCUUUUCAAAAUCCUCUCUUUCCUUUUAUUUUACGUUCUUGUGCCUUUUGCUCGCACUCGACUCGCGCCAAAUUCGUGAUCCUCACUCGGCUGAGAGGAAACGGAAGCCGACAGCUCCUUCGGUGAUCUGCUUGGGAGCCUUCUUCUGGAGAAGGGUGUUUUGAGGGGUGUUUAGACACAUCCGCCCCCCUCCCCCUCCCAGGGUACUAAUAUGAUUCAUUGUAUUUUUAUAUAGAAAGAAAGACCGGAGAUAGCAGAGAUAGCAGACGGUGUGCAUAUUGAUGAACCCACUGGUGUCCAGUCCGACUCGUCCUCGUCGGCCUCUUCCUCCUCCUCGUCUUCGUCGUCAUCGUCCUCUAGUGAUUCAUCAGAGUCUGAGACAACAGAUUCAGAAGAAGACAGGUGUCGGGAGAAACAGAAGCACAGCCCGUCACACGGUGACAAACGGAGAAGAAAGCGGUGAGUAAUGAAUUAUGGGAGCCGUGGGUGGCCUAUUGGUCAGCGCGCUCAACUCCCGGUCGAGAGAUCUGAGUUCAAGCCUCGUCAAAAUUCAUUUUGUGAGACCUUGAACCAUUCUUCUUGAAGAAAAAUUGCCUGGAAUAACUUGGGAGUCGAACCAAAUGCGGAUUUCCUUCAGCGCGAAGUCAUUUCUUCUCGAAUUUAGUUAGCUCUUCUGUUGUCUUCUGUUUGUUUUUGCCUAUGUCAGGCUCUCGAACAAGACGAAAACGAGACUGUCACCUUUUAUGAGUACCCCGCUGUUUUUUGUUUACCUCUUUUUUGCUUGUCAGAACUGACCAAGAUUCUAUCCUGGGCUAGCGUCUACCUUGUGUAUGUUUUGCAUGAGACCUGAAUUUGCAAAGGAUUUUGAGAAAAAUGUUGAACGAUAACGGACCCUACAAUUAUGCCACGACCUUUUGCUCCGCGUUUUCAAUUCGUGUGCCUGAGAUUUUAAAAUAUUGAUCUCAUUUGUUGUAGGCCGAAGCAGAAUUCUCCACCUUCAUCAAGGGAAGAAAAUUUAGGCCCAGGCUCCCCAAAACGUGGUAGAUGACCGUGCUUAAGGUGAGUGAUUAAAGUGUUAAACCCGACAUUCUCAUAAAAGCCAAUCAGAAAUAGGUUGAUAUCAGGAGCCAAUCAGAGGUCAAAGUAAAUAUUUGUAACUUAUAUGACCAAUGAUUUAUUUAACUCCCUGCGUGACAGUUAGGCGUUCAUUUGCAUGUGUGACCACUAAUGACGCUGGAGAUUGCGCUACAAAUCAAAGCGCCAUGUUGGUGACCAAUCGUUCACGUGGUACGAUUACAGCUCUCUCGUUGGUUACCGACCUUACUGCCGCUCUACACGACUACGAGGUUUCAAUCCUGGAUUACUUCUGACAUAGUAAUCCUGGUAAUCAUAACAAUCCUAGUGAUCUUUUCUUGAUUUGCUUUGAGAAUUCAAAUGGGUGAAAAGUUCAGUAGUCGUUCUGGUCUCUCCCUUCAUCUCGUUGCAUGAUCUCAAAUGGUGCAGUAAAGCAACAAGGCGAGAAAGGUCUUAUCUUCACGAACUGUUAUUUCCUGUUAUUUCCUCCUCGCUAUGUACUUUCUUUCUCUAGGUUGCUCAGGAGGUUCCCGGCGAAAUGAGAUGCUCACCCAUACUGGAACGUAGAACAUUUUUUUCAGAAGCUCGAUGC